GUUGAAUCCCAUCCCUAGUUCAGCUCUUUGAUUGGGGACGCAGAAUUUUGAUUGGCCAUUUUAUUUUCACAUAAUCUGCAAACGUUUUCCGUGUUUGGAAUAUUAUUACUUUCGGAAUAAAUAAUAAUAAAGCUCUGCCAAAAUGACUAUUGGCAAGAAUAAUAAAAUGAUUCAGCACCUGAAUUACCGGGUCCGAAUAGUACUGCAGGAUUCGCGGACGUUCAUCGGAACUUUCAAGGCAUUUGAUAAGCAUAUGAACCUUAUAUUGGGAGACUGUGAAGAGUUCCGUAAAAUUCGCUCGAAGAACUCCAAGGUACCCGAACGGGAGGAGAAGCGAGUACUAGGAUUUGUGCUUUUGCGAGGGGAAAACAUUGUUUCACUAACCGUCGAGGGACCACCGCCACCAGAAGAAGGUCUUCCCCGUGUACCCAUACCAGGCGCUGCUCCAGGUCCAGGUCUUGGUCGAGUCGCUGGUCGUGGUGUACCCAUGAACAUAUCGUCAGUGCCCGCUGGCUUACAAGGUCCAGUUAGAGGUGUGGGAGGUCCUGCCCAACAGCAUAUGGCGCCAAUGGGACGCGGUGUUCCCAGAGCUCCAAUGAUGGGCGCACCUCCACCAGGUCUUAUUCCCGGCGGUAUGCCGUCGAUGCCAGGCGGUAUGGGACGAGGCGCACCGCCACCAAUGAGAGGACCACCACCAAUGAUGCGUGGCGCACCACCGCCAGGUCGAGGUGGCUAUUAAAUAACUACGAUUCUGCGUUUAUCUUUUUAGUAAAUAAAAAAUUUCCGAAAAUAA